UACUUGACUAUUCCCUGACUAUUAACUCUCGUCACUCCUUGUCACUUUUGACCCAUCUACCGUUUACUGUCUACGCUACUGGUGCCAUUAUCCACAAAGGAACAUCUCACCUUGUCUCAUCUGUUUAGUUUUCUCGUCUUAUUCUUCUAUUUUUUCCGUCCUCGACACAGUUGUCUGACUACAUCAAUCAUCCCACGAAGCAAGCGAGGGGUUUCACCUUUGCUACUUCAACAACACCACAUCAUACCACCUUUGUGGGUUGAAACACGUGCAGGCCGAACCUACAUCGCGCCAUCAAGUCAGCUACAAAAUAACGAACAGGACCUCUACAUAGAUCGACCGGACCUCCUUCUUUGUCUACCAUCCAGCUAUUAGCUCUAAAUCUCAAUCACAACUACACCCAUCAAUAUGUCGAACGAUAACGGAACAUCUAACGGAGCGCCUAACGACCGCCGUGGUUCUGUCACUUCGGCUGCUUUCACCAAUCUCUUCCACCGAAGCAACUCAACUUCGACCGGAAGCAACGGUCGCGAAUCUGUCACAUCAAUUGCGGCCAGAGAUCAACGCCGACGACUUUCUGUUACUACCAUAGGGCUUGGCACUUCUCCCAACUCUCAAAGUGCUCCGUUUGGGAUUCGACGUGGUAGUAUCUCUACCAACAAUUCGGACUCUAUUGACGAGAAUGCUAUCGACGACGAGGAAUCUGCCAAGGCAGGUCCUAAUUCUCCAUUCGCUCGUCGAAUGAGUUUCGGCGCCCAGGCCAUGCGUAAUCUGCGCACUGGACCGACUAGUCCUGGGUCAGCUGGUAGGCAUCCCCAAGAGUCAAGACGUAUCUCUAAUGGACAUAUACGUUCUCCACCUACCGGUGCCCCGCCCGCCUCAGCUGCUACGAGACGGGCAAGCACCUCUCAGGCAAGCCACACAUUUUCCUACAGAAUUCCUUCUGACAAGUUUUCUGCUCGGGCAGAUAACGCCUACAACUGGUCCGAGCAGCUUAGAUCCCGCGCCGAGAGCAGCGUUCAAGGUCAUAAACCGUCCUUCGGAGCCGUUAGGUACGGCUCGCCGCCACGCGGCCAUGGUCAACACGAUCGCUCCAAGUCUGUUUCCGAGAUGCCGGCUCCACCUCAGCAGGCUGCUGCUGUUAAGCCCAAGCAACCAGAGAGACCGAAGCCAGAUCAUAUGCAAGAACGCAUCCUCAAGGGUGACUUUUAUAUGGACUGAACACAUAGCCUGCGCAAAGGGGAAUACAAACACCAACAUGUUCAAAUGAUCUAGGACGGUGCCAACUCCUAAAUCGCCAACUCCUAAACCACCACCUCAUACGAGCUUAUAAUCAUUCCUAAGGCCCGUUGUCAUCUGUUCUAUCUACUGUAUUUCCUUUGCACUACGUCUCUUCAACUGACGUCAUUCGUUUCGACGACUUCUUUUUAUGGCGUUGAGACGGGGAAGUGCCGAGGACGGUCGGGUAAAUUGUUUAUGCAAAACAUAGCUAUGCUGAAACGAGAGAUGAGCAGCGUCGCUUCUGGGGAUGACGUGACAAUUUGGGGAAUUAGAGAUAUUGGUCCGGGAAAGACCAACUUCACCGACUGGCUUUUGCUGAUUUUUG